GUUGCGGGAUCAUUCCGGGAUUGCGCACCGCUUGGGAAGGCCGUUGCGACGACGACGGGCUGCAGCAUGACGAGCGAGGAUGACCCGACGAGCAUUCCCAACGUCAUCGUCGCGGUGCGUCUCCGGCCCAUCUCCGAGAAGGAGCUCCAAGAAGGCCAGCGGAGCUGCUGUAGCGUCGCCAACGAUCAGACAGUCGUUAUCGAGAAGGAGGCUGCGCGGGUCGGGUAUCUCAAGAGCCAGAAAGGGUCGUCCAACGAAUAUGCAUACGACAUUGCGUUCUCCGAAGAGGCUACGCAGGAUGAAGUGUAUGAGCGAACAGUCAAGAACAUCAUCCCGACAAUCCUCGACGGCUACAACGCGACCAUCUUUGCAUAUGGAGCGACAGGCGCUGGAAAGACACACACAAUGAUGGGCUCUGAGCGCGACGGGCACUCGUUGGACGAGCUCUCGGAGGACGAUUUCGACUACGAUGGGCAGCCGCAAUCGCUGCCUGUCGAUGGCAUCAUCCCGCAGUCGCUUUCGGACAUCUUUCGACUGAUUCGUCUCCGCGAGAGAGAAGAGAAGAUCGCCCAAGAGACCGAAGGUCGCGCCUCCGAGUGGAUGGUCACCGUGUCGUACUUGGAAGUCUACAACGAGACCAUCUGCGACCUCAUUGACCCAAAGGGCGUCAACCUGCAGCUGCGAGAACACACGAGUGCUGUUCAUGUGAGCGGCCUCGCGCAUCGCCAAGUCCGAAGCGCUGUCGAGGUGCUCAACAUUCUUCGCCAGGGUAACAAGAACCGACGCACCGAGUCGACUGUUGCGAACGCAGUGUCGUCACGGUCGCACGCGGUGCUGCAAGUGACCGUCAAGCACAAGACUGUCGACCUUAUGCGCAAGAGCAGUCCGAACACUGAGAUGACAUGCGCCAAGCUGUCGCUUAUCGACCUCGCGGGCUCGGAGCGAGCGUGCAAGACGGAAAACUCGGGCGCGCGCUUGGCGGAAGGUGCCAACAUCAACAAGUCGCUUUUGGCCCUUGCCAACGCAAUCAACGCGCUCUCUUCGACGCCUGCGAUGCGUCGGCGGUCCGAGCCGUCGGCGCGGCUGAAGGAAGUGCGCCCCAUCAGUCGCGCAAAGUACCGUGACAGCAAGCUUACGCACUUGCUCAAAAGCUCGCUCGAAGGCGACUGCCGCUUGAUCAUGAUCGCCAAUAUCAACCCGUCGCACAAGUCCUUUGACGAGAGCCACAACACGCUCAAGUAUGCGAACCGCGCCAAGAACAUCAAAAUCCGCCCCAAAAUGCACGUUGUGACGGCAGCCAUGACGCACAUUCAGCGCGCCGAGAAGCUCGAGGAAGAGAACGCGUCCUUGCGUCGUGAGCUCGCCGAGGUGCGUACGAAGCGCAAGAGUAUCGACGCGGCGAUGUUCUCAAGCCAGCACUUGGCCGACACUAAGCGCGCGAAACUCAGCCUCAAGACAGUGGACACGCCACAGCUUCACUCCCUUCACCGAACGAUCGAGAAGCUCGAGAAUGAAAAGAAAGCGUUGCAAGACAAAGUCGAAGACAUGGAGAGGGAGCUCGGUCGCAUGCGCGCACUCCGUAUCCAGCCAACGACCCCGCGCCAGGCAACGACGUCUCGAGCGACCUCGACACCACGUAAAGCCACGACCCCGCGCUCCGUCACAAAAGCUCCUCCAUCCGUCACGAAGGCCCCACCAUCCGCCACCAAGGCCCCGCCUUCGGUCACCAAGUCGGUGGCCACGCCUGCCAAGUCACCGUCGCGCAACCAAGCACGUGAGGCAGCGCCCGCCAAGAGCGUGCGGGGAACGUCUCUGUUGCCUCAACGCCGCCUGUCGUCCCAUCCGAUCGUCUUCCGCGCUGCGACGCCAACACCAGCGACGCCGGCGCGGCCCAACAACCGCGCCCGUCGCGAGAGCUUGAUCCCGCGCAUCUCGUCGACAGCGUCCAAAGUGUUGUAGUACGGCAAGAGCGUAUAUUUAAAAAAAAUCAUGCGAGGCUUACCCAAGCAGCAUGCCCUUGAUAUCACCA